UUCUCACUGUCUCGCAUCAAUCGCUCAAUUUCUUGCGCCGGUACCAGAAGUGAUUCGCCUAUGGAAACUGAACGAGGAGAUACCGAGUCAGCACCCCGACUCGACUGGGCCGAGUUGACCCAUGAGUGCCUCAUCAACAUAUUCUCUCGCCUCUCCAUCGACGACCGAUGGCGAGGCGUCAUGUUCGUCUGCAACUCCUGGCUUCGCGCCUUCAAGGAUCCCUCCUUGCAUUCGGUGUUCAACCUCGACUCCCACUUCGAUUCCCCUGUUGAGUUGGCCCUCUGGUGGACCCCCGAGUUCGAGAGGAAGAUCGAUUCUAUGCUUCAAUCAGUCGCCGGCUGGAGCGCUGGUUCUCUCAAGGAGAUUCGCCUCAGACAUUGCACUGAUCGCUCGCUCGCUGUCGUUGCUGAAAGAUGCCCAAAUCUUGAGGUUCUAGUGAUCAGAAGCUGCCCUCAUGUUACUGAUGAUUCAAUCUCUAGAAUAGCUUUCAGUUGUCCCAAGCUCAGGGAACUUGAUAUCAGCUACUGCUAUGAAAUAUCCCAUGAGUCGUUGUUGUUGAUUGGAAAAAAUUGCCCCAACCUCAAGGUUCUGAAGCGAAAUUUCAUGAAUUGGAUUGAUCCUUCUCAACAUGUGGGAGUUGUUCCUGAUAAAUAUCUUAAUGCUUGUCCACAAGAUGGGGAUUCUGAGGCUACAGCUAUUGCAAACUCUAUGCCACUUCUAGAGUGCCUUGAGAUUAGGUUUUCCAAAUUAUCAGCUAAGGGCUUCAAUUCGUUAUGUCAGGGGUGUAAGGAGCUCAAGUUUUUGGAUUUGAUUGGCUGUACUAGCUUAACUGGCCGAGACAUUGCAAAUGCAACUUCCAAUUUGGAGUGUCUAGAAGAGAUUAAACGCCCAAAUUUGUACAUCCCCAGGUCUUUUUACUAUGCUGAGAGGUAUGGCCAUUGGAGAUUGUAUGAUGAGAGAUUCCAGACUGAUGUUUUCCGUAGCUGAGAAUGGGUAAGAAGAUUUAUUCAAUAAGUAAAAUCUGAGCCCUCCUUCUGUUUGCUUGUGUGUGAGCGGCAACUCUUCUUUUGGGGUUAAAGUUCAGAACCUAUAUGUAUUGUCUUUUAUGCUUGUUUACCUUGUUAUCAAAAUAAUGACCUGUGUCUGUAAUUUAUGUUGUAUAUAUUAUAUAUAUAUAUAUAUAUUUUGAAAUCUUCCUGAACUUGUAGGGCAGUUGUAUAUGAAGACCAUUUUCUCUUUUUCACUUUUGAAGUGGUCAAGUGGGUUUACUUGAUUCAUUGCUUCUUAUGCUUUGAUUUAGCAAUCUUAAAUAAAGGUGUUUCAUUUUAUUUAUGUUAGCCUUUCUUUCA